AACGCUGGCCGAGGUUCCUUCGCGAGAACGUAAACAAAAACACCUGCAGCUCCUCACACACAGAGAGCCACAAAAUCGGUGAUGUGUCAUUGUAUCGGCCACAACGGUGGAAAAUAGAUUUUUUCGCUUCGCCAACCCCUUUCCGCAGGCCGAUGUGAAAAGCGGUCGGAUUUUCCGUGUUUUUCCGUGUGGACACUUGCGCCAGUGAUACCGUGAUGGAGUCCCACAAGUACACGCUGUCCUCGAUCCGGCAGGACAUUGUCGACAACAAUCUGCACGUCAAAGCCAUCAUACAGGACAUUCUCGCGUUCCGCGGAUCCAUUGCGGAACUGGACACGCUAAACGAGGCCGGCCGAGGGAAGCUGGCCGCGCUCAGGAAGUGCAUCGAACGGCUUGACGACUGGGCCCGGGACGAGGGCGAUCCGAACGUGUACAAGGAGGUGGACCAGCACCGGGAGCAGUUUUCCAAAACCCUUCAAGCAUUCCGCAAGGCCAACAUAUCAACCAUGCUCGAGAUCGAAAAGCAGCAAAAGGACGAACUGUUUGCGCUCAGCCCGGACAGCGAACUGCGCCAGCGACAUCCCGGCGGUGGCUCCUCGUCGACCUCCUCCGGCGGCGCCACCAAAUCGAACCGCUCGACGCUGCUCUCGCAGCAGGAAAGCGUCACCGACCGGAUGCGGUCGAUAUCGCAGCAGCUGUCGGAAACCACCCAGAAGAGUGCGGCCACGCUCGACACGCUCAUCACGUCCAGCACGGCCGUCGAGGGCACGCGGGACGAGCUGCUCAACACGGCCGGCACUAUCUCGCAGUCCGGCAAGCUGCUGAAAAAGUACGGCCGGCGCGAAUGCACCGACAAAAUUCUGCUCUUUUUCGCGUUUGCGUUCUUUCUGGCUUGCGUGUUCUACAUCGUGCAGAAGCGACUGUUUUAAGACAACUAUUGUUCUGUUAACUGUAGGUGUGUGUUGUGAAAUGUUUGUUUUGUACCGUUAGCAAACUCCGCAUUUCUCCAAGUAUUUUUGUGUUUUAUUGAGGCAACAAAAAAGACAAACCAUCCGGUUGAUUAUUCCCUUAAAAAACUCUAUAAUUCACAAACACGCAAAAAGGAAGGAAGAACGCAAAUCUGUAAAUGUUUGAACUCUGUAACUUUGCGAACAAGUUAGAAUAACAACAUCCUACACACUAUGGUAUGUGGUAUGACGAGUCGUUUGUGAUGUCAGAGAAGCCUGGCUCAUUACGUCUAGGAUCCGUUUUUUAAUGUGAAAGUAUAUAAAUAUUACCUACUACAUACAUGCAUUUACUAUCUUAGCUACGUACACAACUAAACAAAACUAUUUAUUAUGGAGCAAAUAAAUGGAUCUUCAAAUUA